GGAAUAAAGGGGAGGGUUUUCCCACCUUAUCCCGGAAAAGGACGGAGAGCUGCGAAGGGAAAGUGCUGUCGCCUGCUCCAUGGAGUCCCGUUCCCUGCCUCCCUCUGUGCCUGCUCAGCUCCUGCUUGUGAUGCUUUUGGGGGACAGGACAGGGGCUUUCGGCAGGGCUGCGCUGUGAGGCCGUGGCCAUCAGAAAUGAGUCUUCACGAUCUCCACAGACUAGCUUUGGUUUAAACCAGGGAAGUCUGAUUCUUCAGGUCCUGAAGGAUGCGAGUAACUUAGAGUUCUGUGUUGAAGUACUCACCUGGGCACUGCUGACUCCUGGAGAAACAACCUGAGAAACUGACCUGUUGCACGUCGUCCCUACGGAGACACAGUAGAGGGGCCACCCCCCAUUUCGCAUCUAGCUGAGUGGACUAUGGUGGCAGGAAGAUGUUGGCUCGGAAGAGUAUCAUCCCUGAAGAGUAUGUGUUGGCACGGAUUGCUGCCGAGAACCUGCGCAAGCCACGCAUCCGAGACCGGCCUCGCAAAGCCCGCUUCAUUGCCAAGAAUGGGGCAUGCAACCUGGCACACAAGAACAUCCGCGAGCAGGGGCGAUUCCUGCAAGACAUUUUCACCACCUUGGUGGACCUGAAGUGGCGUCAUACACUGGUCAUCUUCACAAUGUCCUUCCUGUGCAGCUGGCUGCUCUUUGCCAUGAUGUGGUGGCUGGUGGCUUUUGCCCAUGGUGACAUGGACCCAAGCACAGAAAGCACUGCAAACAGCACAAAGUGGACACCAUGUGUGACAUGUGUGAGGUCUUUCACCUCCGCUUUCCUUUUCUCCAUUGAAGUUCAGGUGACCAUUGGUUUUGGGGGCAGAAUGAUGACAGAGGAAUGUCCCUUGGCCAUCACAGUCUUGAUCCUGCAGAACAUUGUAGGUCUGAUCAUCAAUGCUGUCAUGCUGGGCUGCAUAUUCAUGAAAACCGCACAAGCUCACAGGCGGGCUGAGACCUUGAUUUUCAGCCGGCAGGCAGUCAUUGCAGUUCGAAAUGGCAAACUUUGCUUCAUGUUUCGAGUGGGAGACCUGAGGAAAAGCAUGAUCAUUAGUGCCUCAGUGAGAAUCCAGGUUGUGAGGAAGACUACGACCCCUGAAGGAGAAGUCAUACCCAUUCACCAAGUAGAUAUCCCUGUGGAUAACCCCAUUGAAAGCAAUAAUAUAUUCCUCGUGGCUCCCUUAAUCAUUUGUCACAUUAUAGACAAGCGGAGUCCUCUUUACGAUAUCUCUGCUGCUGACCUGGCACUCCAGGACCUGGAGCUCAUCGUGAUACUUGAGGGAGUCGUAGAAACAACUGGCAUUACAACGCAGGCAAGAACCUCCUACAUAGCAGAGGAGAUCCUGUGGGGUCACCGCUUUGUGCCCAUUGUCACUGAAGAGGAAGGCGUGUACUCAGUCGACUACUCCAAGUUUGGCAACACUGUCAAAGUGGCAGCACCACGCUGCAGCGCUCGAGAGCUCGAUGAGAAGCCAUCCAUUCUCAUCCAGACACUGCAGAAGAGCGAGCUGUCCCACCAAAACUCCCUGCGGAAACGCAACUCCAUGAGGAGGAACAACUCCAUUCGAAGGAGCAAUUCCAUGCGGAGAACCAAUGCCUCCCUCAUCGUGCCCAAAGUGCAGUUUAUCACACCCGAGGGGAGCCAGAGUGCCUCAGAAACGUGAUACACAGCUUUGUGAGAGGUUGGUGGGCUUUGGAAGGAGGAGGCACCUUUGGUGUUUUGUUUAAAUUUCCUCUUACUUCGGAAAAUGAGACCACAGUGCAGAAAAGAACUGUGCAAGAAAUAUUUAUUCUGUUAUUUACUGAAAGCACCACCUAAUGGCAUUAGGAAACACUUUAGCACUUAGUGUAUGAAUUAAUAAAAAAUGGCACAUACACUAAAGAAAACACUGUUCACUCAUGUAAUACAAUGUGUAUUUAUACUUGGUUUAAUGGCAUGCUAAUUUUUUUAAUUGCAUUCUUUCUGUCAAGGG